GUGUGUGUGUGUGUGUGUGUGUGUGUGUGUGUGUGUGGAGCGUCAUGUGUAUGUAUGUAAAUAACGUAAUAACGAUAUGUAUACAAUGUACAGUAUCAACAUUGUAAAAUAUUAUUAAAAAUCUCGAUGUAACGAUAAAGGACAUAAGUUUGCGAUAUGUAUGUAUUGUAAUAUCGCAAGAAGCAAAGUACAAAACGAUUAUCAGUUAUGAGUUAUUCACUAUCUAUUUUUGUCAUUGUAUAAUCCGCGGACCAAAGCGUCAUGGGGUAACGUAUAAUAUUGCUGACAUUGAAAUAUGCUUCCUGACAUGAGGAUGUAUUGAUAAUGAAAAAUAAAGAAUUAUAUAUUGGCCAAGAACUGCUUUUCUUUUUCAUGACAAAAAUGGCUUUUCAUGUUAGAGGUGAUGACAAUCGCGCGUGCGCGUUAAUCGUAAUGUAAUUUUAAAUAAUGUGCACACAUUUACACUACAAGAUUUCCAUGGUAACAAUGGCAAACAAAACGCGAGAAUCGUACGAGCCGACAAUGAAUAAAUAUCUUUCACCAGUCAUUAUCAUCUUGAGUAACUAAUUAACCUGUGCAACACAGUCAUGAAAAUUAAUAUAUUACAUGUGUGAUUUAGAUCCAUUUUUAUGAAGCCAUUUUUAUCAUAAAGGUAUACGAGUUAUACAGCGUAAGGUGAUAUAUUGUCAGUGACAAUCUAAAUAAAUAGGUAUGGAUGAUGUUACGUAUGAUGAAACAAAAAGUAAGACUGUAUCUCUGCCUGCCGAUGCGCUUAAAAUGCCAUCGUGGCUGGUAGAAAUGACUGACAACAUAGAAAAACUGAAUAUAAAUAAUGAUGUCAAAUUGUUACAAAUGGAAACAUUUUUAAUUGAUAAUAAGCAUCGUUUAGAGAAUAUCACUUUCAAAGAAGAGGAUGACACUACUCAACCUAGUACGAGCUUAAGUGAUCUUUACAUCGAUGCCAGUAUUAAAUUGCAAGCAUCCGCAAGCAAAUCACUGCCAAAUACACCAAAGAACGAACCUGUUCAACUUAAACGAAGAAGAAUACGUGCCUGUUCUGCCAUUGUGAAUGCAAAACAUCGUACACAGAAUGAUUAUAAUGGAUUGGAUGCAUAUUUAGAAAGAAAACAGAUGGAAAAACACGACAAUAGCCUAACACACUCUAUAAAUUAUAGCGAUAAUAAAACUUAUGACAAGGAAUCUUAUUUUAAAUAUUUUACAAAUGUUGAGAAUGAUGUAGAUGUACGAUUACAUUUAUCAGAUAAUCCAGAUGAUUGUUCCAGUAUAUCAUUUAGUACACAAAACGAAGGAAAGCCGGAAUUGUUAUCCGAUCAAGAAACUGUUAAAUCUUUUAUCUUGCAUGAAGACGAUUUUGCCAAAUGUUUAAAUCAUUUGUCAAAUAAUUAUUUGCCAGCAGAUCAACUCUGCAAAAACUUUAUUAUUCCUGAACUACCAUCCGGAGACUCGUUGGUCAUUGAUAUUCUUUCCACUUGGGGCGACAAGCAUUACGUAGGCCUCAAUGGCAUUGAAAUUUUUUCAAAUACUGGAGAACCAGCUAGAAUAAAGAAGAUACAUGCACAUACGACAACCAUUAAUCAAUCAGUAGAUGAUGAUCAUCCUUAUGUUAUAAAUAACUUAAUUAAUGGUAUUAAUCGAACAAGAGAUGAUGCGAAUUUAUGGCUAACACCUUAUUCAAAUGGUGACCAUCAUUACGUUUACAUAAUAUUUGAAUUCACGAUUACUAUAGCAAUGAUCAGGAUAUGGAACUACAAUAAAUCUAGAAUACAUUCCUUUAGAGGAGCCAAAGACGUUAUUAUUAAACUGAACGAUAUUGUAAUCUUUUACGGAGAAAUUGCUAAAGCUUCGGGAGAUGAUAUAGGUAGCCUCGAUUCUUUUGGCGAUACUAUAUUAUUUACGACGGAUGAAAAUAUUCUGGAACUGAUAUCAAAACAUGAUAAUACGUUCAUAGAAUUCAAUAAUGGGAUAUCAGAUUACGAAGAGAAAGAAAUAAUCCGCCCGAUAACAGCGACAAUCGGCAAUGAUAUCACUUCAGCGAGACAUAAAAAUAAUGAUGCUAUCCAGAGCUCUCCUAACUUAUCUCUUCGUCUCAAUAGCAAAAUGCACGAUAGUUGUACCGCUCUGUCUUGCAGAGAGAUUCAGCUAAUUAUAAUUUCUAAUUGGGGUUUACAGCAUUUGAUUGGUCUUACAGGUAUUGAAUUAAUUGGGGAUCAAGGCGUUGCAGUGCCAUUAGUAAAUGCCACCUUACAUUGCGAUGUGAAUGAUACACAUUUAACGAGACUGAUCGACGGACAUAAUGUUACGACCGAGAUGGAUCAUAUGUGGCUGGCAGAUGUAACGCCAAAUAAAAGGAUUACUAUAACUCUUACUUUCGAUACGGAUAUAUAUCCAACAGGAAUGCGCAUUUGGAAUUACAAUGCAUCCUUGGAAUUAUCUUAUUGCGGGGUGAAACAGUUAUUAAUCAAAUUAGACGGUAAAUCAUUACAUGAGGAGAAUUCCGAUGGCUUCUUAUUGAGACGCGCGCCGGGAUCUUGCCAUUAUGACUUUGUCCAAGAAAUUAAUUUCCUUCAUAGUAAUCUACCCACUCAAGAAUAUUUUUCGGAUCGUAUCAACGAUUCGAUUAAAUCGUCUGAAGAAUUCGUGUCUUUGGAUUCAAACUACGAAGCACCAACGAUGCCGCAAGGAUUCGUUUAUCAAAUAAUUAUUUUCUCCACAUGGGGUGACUCUUAUUACGUUGGUCUUAAUGGAAUACAAAUAUAUGAUAAUUAUGGAAAUGAAAUCAAAUUAACUACAGAUAAUAUAGCUGCAUUUCCUGAAAGCGUUAAUAUAAUAGAAGGAAUAGAUAAUGACAUUCGUACACCAGACAAACUUAUCGAUGGAAUAAAUAACACUCAGGAUGGACGACAUGCCUGGCUAGCUCCUAUACUUCCUGGACAAACAAAUCGUGUGUAUCUGAUAUUUUAUCAUCCCAUUACGGUAUCAAUGAUCAAAAUCUGGAAUUAUGGGAAAACACCACAAAGGAGAGUCAAAGAAUUUGCAAUAUUGGUAGACGACUUGUUAGUUUACAAUGGAACAUUGGACAAGCACAAUUCAUACGGAUUGGUGACUUUUGUAAAGGAAAACACUAAUGACGAGAAUUUAGUGAAUCGUUCGGAGCAGGAGAGUCGCCUUUUAAACUUACGAAGAAAUACCUCAGGAACUAAUUCAUUACCAGACCCAUCUCUUCGUCCACAUACAUCUUUACAAUUUAAUAAUCUCUCGUCAUGGUACAAAUAUUUUUAA